CUUGGAGUCCCGUGGCUUAAAAAGCAUUCCUUCCCACAUCUACUAUUCCCAUCUUCUUCAUGGAAACUGCUCCCCAAUGCAGCAAACAAACCAAGAAUGAUUCCUUUGAUAAUACUGAGGAUGAAACCCUUUUGUCAGGCCUCCCUGAUGAUCUAGCUCAACUCUGUCUCUCUUCGGUAUCUCCUUCCCUUCUUUUCUCUGUUUGCCAUGCAUGGCGUCGCCUCCUUUACUCUCCUUCUUUCCCUCCCUUCUUUUCCCUCUGUGCUCUCCUUUCUCCUUUGCAAAUUCCCACUCUUGGGGAAGGUAGUCCUCAAAACUCAAUUGAAUUCUUCUCCUUUGAUCCAUUAUCAUCUGCUUGGAAACCCCUUCCUAGUCCUCCACAAAACCCUCCUCUUCAUCUCCUCCAUCGCCACCCUUCUUUUCUAUCCCGAAACCUUCCAAUACAAUCCUUGACAGUCUCCAACCAUUUAGUCCUCAUAGCUGCUACAACUCACCACCUUUUCCCCGCACUUUCCAGCCCUUUAGUCUUCCAUCCAGAGUCUAACCACUGGUUUUACGGCCCCCAAGUCUCCACCCCACGCCGGUGGUGUGCUACAGGCUCUUCCCAAGGAGUGGUCUAUAUGGCAAGCGGCAUUGGCUCCCAUUACAACAGAGAUGUAGCAAGGUCAAUGGAACAGUGGGACUUAAAUAAGAAGAGUGAAAAUUGGGGUUGGGAAAACAAGGCACAGCUUAAAGAUGGAAGGUUUAGCAGAGAAGCAGUGGAAGCAGUUGGAUAUAGAGGGAAACUUUGCAUGGUUAAUGUCAAAGGCAAUGCAUUAAAAGAAGGUGCAGUUUACAAUGUCGAAUAUGACAAGUGGGAAGACAUGCCUAGGGGAAUGGUUGCUGGCUGGAAUGGGCCAGCAGCAACAAUGGAUGAAGAUGUGAUUUAUGCGAUUGAUGAAGUGAAAGGUAGUUUAAGCAAAUAUGAUGGUGAAAAGGAUUGUUGGGUGAAGUUGAUUGAGUUGGAACAGCUCAAACAUGCAGAGCAGAUAGCAGCAGGGAGAGGGAAAAUUUGUGCAGUUUCAGCAAAGGGGAAAAGGAUUAUAGUGCUCGAUGUUGGGGAAAGGCCUGCCAGGUUUUGGGAGGUGGUGCCACCUCGUGGGUUGAAAGUGGUUGCUGUGCAUGUUUUGCCUAGGAUGAGUAGACAAGAGUAA